AUGUUAAAGUCUUAUUACCGAGUGCGAGCUGCUUUCUGUGGAAGGUUCGAUUACGGGAAGGAAAUAGAGGCGGUAAGGGACCGCUUUCCUUUUAUGCUUCCCUACGUGGAAAAUGAAUCAAACCAGUUCUCCCUCGACCUGCAGGUUGAGUUCAUACAUUAUGAAUGCUUUCCUAUUCAAGACAUACUACCAAUUCCUUUGAAGCUACUACCACUACCGAAGCUGGCUUGCUUGUUUUGGUUACCGGUUGAGGUUUUGAAACCAGAGAAAGAAGAUCCGGUUGGGCUUUCUAGCGAUGGGAGAUUAGUCACCGGAAGACUUGCUGGCUUGCUCCUUCAAAAUAAGGUGGAUAAGACGGAGUUAAGGUAUGAUAAAAAAGAGACCGAAUUACAAGAGUCGGGACUACUUGGUCGUACCCUCAUCCUAAAAGGAGCGACCAAUGAAAAUAGAGUGACAAGUUCUAGGGCGAAGGACUCUGAUCCUGGGCUUUUGAACAUCAAGCUUGUGGACAGGCCUCUCUCUUCCUUCUUCUCUACUUCCCGCUCUUUUACCUUUGUUCACCGGUCAAUACCUAAAGCAGGUGUCAUUCCUGCUUAUGUGUAUCGUAAGAUUCUUCGAAGAGGAGAUGAUCCGAGGGUCAUUCGAGUAGUGCUCUCAAUUUGUGCACUGUCUCGUCUGAUUAAGGUUGUUCCGAAACGGGGGUUGAGAGUCAAUCCCUCAACCAUCCACAUUCCAAACUUCCAACUCGGAGAGCCUGCGCAGAAGCUCUGUGUUAAGCUACUAACAUCGGGCUUCUCGAUGCUAGGCGCGUAUGCUCCAGCCUAUCGGAAAAUCCCGUUGAGACUGGGAUUCUCCUUUAAGCCUAUGUUCACUUCCGGUCCGAACACAACCAAGGAUUUCCGAAAGGAGUCCUCUGUUAAGCUACGGAACAGCGUGCCACUAGCGGAGAAGUGGAAGAAGUUUCAAAUGACUAUCUACCACUCCCUGCCAGUGGACGCCUCUGCGCUUUUCACAUUGUUUAAGCCAGAGGAUCUCGCUGUUAUAGGAUCUCUAUGGUUCUCUGACCGGGAAAUCAUUCCUGAUUCCGGUUAUGAUAACCCUGUUGAUCCCGUUAAGGAAGGAACGGACGGUUUUGGUUGGUUGAUUAAUUCGUUACUGCCUCCAGCGCAAGCUUUAUGGUGGGACACGAUGGUUACCCGACCUGAGGCUGGACGCUUUGGGCGUAAACUUGAGGGGAGUGGUAAGAUUCGGCUGUUCGCGAUUGCGAACCCGAUCUUUCAGACGCUGUUAAGGCCUCUGCACGAUUGGGUUAUGAAGGUCCUUUCCACCAUUAAGAUGGAUGGGACUUUCAACCAGCUGGCACCACUGCACCGCCUUAAGGGUAUGAAGGAUUUAUAUUCCUUCGAUCUUAAGUCGGCGCAGGUAGAGGAGGGCCUCCUGCCUGUAGAUCUUUCUGGAUCUUUGCUGGCUAGUCUGUUCGGUGAUUCCUUGGCUCAAUCAUGGUGCUUUUUGAUGACCAUGGUUGGGUUUCGGAGUCCUGACAGACUACCAUCAAGGUUGAAGGCGAGAGUCUACCGGUUUACUCGGGGUCAGCCCCUCGGUUACUACUCAUCAUGGCCGGUCUUCACACUUACGCACCAUGCGUUGGUGUGGUUGGCCGCCUAUGAGGUGUAUCCAGGGCGGAGAUUCGAGGAUUAUGCUAUCCUCGGUGAUGAUAUAGUUAUCGCCGAUCGGAAAGUGGCGUUAGAAUAUCAGAGGAUCAUGGAAGAAGCACAAGGGGUAAUAUCGAAAGAGAAAUCCCUUGUGUCCUCCCGAGGUGCUUGUGAAUUUGCUAAGCGCUUUAUUAUUAAUAACCAUAGAUUGGACAGGACAGAUUGUAGUCCUGUCUCUCUAUCGUGUAUUAAGCUGUGCCAUGGAUUCAUCAGAGUGGGGAGUGAUCGUUUAUUCGACCACCUCUCGCUCCGAUGGAAGAGGCACUGGUUAACUCUGUUUUCUACGUCCGGCAUCCACCCUCUCCCUUUCAAGUUGUGGUUAGCAUAUCCUGAAAAGGGUAUUCUUAACUGCUACGAGGAAGGUGCAGUAAGGGCGUUCAUCCUGGGUCGUGUUGAGCCUAAAGAUUUAGACGAAAAGUCUAUCUCUGAACUCAACACAUUCUGGGUGAAUGAUGAUGAUAUGAUGCUGGAGAGACUUUGA